AUUUUCUUUGUUCGUCGUGCCUCUACUUCUUUAUUCUUAUUACAUGUCAAGUUUAUCUGCUACUUCCAGUAAUCAGAUUGACAACAAAGAAGAACCCUUUAUGAACAAUAAUCAGAAUAUUCUUCAGAAGCAUGCCGCGUUCUUCGAUAGAAACAAAGAUGGUGUAAUAUAUCCAUGGGAAACAUUUCAAGGGUGUCGUGCUAUUGGACUGGGUUUAGGAGUAUCAACUGCUCUUGCUGUUUUUGUGAAUCUGGCUCUAAGUGGAUCAACUCGUCCAGGUAAAUUUCCCAAUCUCUUGUUCCCGAUUGAGGUACAAAAUAUUGUCAAAAGCAAGCAUACUAGCAACACCGGUGUUUACGAUGCUGAAGGAAACUUCGACAGUGCAAAGUUUGAAGAGAUUUUUCAGAAGCAUUCAAAGGCUAAUGCAAAUGCUUUAACAGCCGAUGAGUUAUCGGGUAUGCUGAAAUCCAACCGAGUUCCUAAAGACUAUAAAGGUUUGGUUGCAAGCUGGGUAGAAUGGAAAACUUUCUUUUCCUUUUGCAAGGACAAGAAUGGGUUAUUGCAGAAGGAGACUCUUCGAGCAUUUUACGCUGGUGACCUCUUUGAGCAGAUGGAGCAGGAGAGAACUCGCAAAUAAGCGUAAAUAUUGUUUAAGAAAAUAGCAGAAUAUAUUUUCUUACA